GCGGCGACAUUCAGAGAGGAGAUGGCGGCCAGAGGGGGGUUUCAGUCGGCACCAACGGGAGGUGGUGGUGGAGCAAUGGGACCUGGACCUCCGGUACAGGGCGCAGGACCAGGCAUGGGCCCGGGGACUCCUUCUGGCAGGAUGGUGCCGUCGUCGGCCGCGCAGAACCACAUGUACCGCUCCCCGAUGCCCGGGCCUGGGUACCCGAGACCGGGCAUGCCUCCAUCCAGCCGCAUGACCCCACAGGGACCAGCCAUGGGCCCACCAGGAUACGGCAACAGCCCAGUGUCUCGCCCUGUGAUGCCUGGCGUGAUGGACCCGUCUCGCAAGAGGCCUGCCCCCCAACAGAUCCAGCAGGUUCAGCAGCAGAACCGCAACCAGCACACAAAGAAGAAGAAGAUGGCUGAUAAAAUUCUACCUCAGAGGAUCAGGGAACUGGUCCCAGAGUCUCAGGCUUACAUGGAUCUGCUGGCUUUUGAGAGGAAGCUGGAUCAGACCAUCAUGCGCAAGAGGCUGGACAUUCAGGAGGCCCUCAAGAGGCCCAUCAAGCAAAAGCGAAAGCUUCGGAUCUUCAUAUCAAACACCUUCAACCCUGCCAAGCCAGAUGCUGAGGAUGGAGAAGGCACAGUUGCAUCAUGGGAGCUACGUGUGGAGGGGCGUCUACUUGAAGAUACGGCCGUGUCCAAGUAUGAAGCCACCAAACAGAAGCGGAAGUUCUCUUCUUUCUUCAAGUCUCUGGUGAUUGAGUUGGACAAGGACCUAUAUGGUCCAGAUAAUCACCUUGUGGAAUGGCACAGGACUGCCACCACCCAGGAGACUGAUGGUUUCCAGGUGAAGAGGCCCGGUGAUGUGGGUGUUCGCUGCACCGUCCUGCUUAUGCUCGACUACCAGCCCCCUCAGUUCAAGCUGGACCCGCGGCUGGCUCGUAUGCUGGGUAUCCACACCCAGACCAGACCUGUCAUCAUUCAGGCCCUGUGGCAGUACGUCAAGACCCACAAACUCCAAGACCCUCAUGAGCGCGAGUUUAUCAACUGUGACAAAUACCUGCAGCAGAUCUUUGAGACUCAGCGAAUGAAGUUCUCUGAGAUCCCGCAGCGCUUGCAUGCACUCCUGAUGCCCCCAGAGCCAAUCAUCAUCAACCAUGUGAUCAGUGUGGACCCUAAUGACCAAAAGAAGACUGCUUGCUAUGACAUUGAUGUGGAGGUGGACGACACACUGAAAACCCAGAUGAACUCUUUCCUGCUCUCCACUGCCAGCCAGCAGGAAAUAGCAGGACUGGAUAACAAGAUCCAUGAAACCAUUGAGACGAUUAACCAGCUGAAGACCCAGAGAGAGUUCAUGCUGAGUUUUGCCAGAGAUCCUCAGGGCUUUAUCAACGACUGGCUUCAGUCCCAGUGCAGAGACCUCAAGACCAUGACGGACGUGGUAGGAAACCCAGAAGAAGAGCGAAGAGCAGAGUUUUACUACCAGCCGUGGGCUCAGGAGGCAGUCUGUCGCUACUUCUACUCCAAGGUCCAGCAGAGGCGACAGGAGCUGGAGACGGCGCUCGGCAUCAGGAACACCUAAAGAAAUGUAUCCACAGGCGGCAAAUGAGGCGACAUGCUGUGCUGUCGGAGACAACUGUGUGUGCGUGUGUGGGAUGUUUAAAAUGAAAUCCUCCCAGAGUUUUCUGACAAAAUCAGAGGGACAUAGAUACUAGACGAUUGUAUAGGAUGUCCUCUUUUUUUGUUUUUGUUUAAUCUUCACCCUGCAGCUCGACUACUGUUGCAGUUUGGUUACUUCCACUUUUUCUUUGUAUAAUUUGUUUUAUUCUCCUCACACCAGAGCUCCUUGAGCACAAUGUAUUUUCACUUGCAUGUCUAAGCCUUACCUGGAAGCAUUCCUUUCAUUUUGAUACAUUGUGCCCACACAAGAGUACAGAUUGUACACAAAUGAAAAGCAGAGGGCAACUUUUAAUGGAUUUUGUCCCUGAGACUAAAAAUAGCCUAAAUCAGCAAGAAUGUGUUGAUUCUGCCUUGGCUCUUUGUUCGACCUUUUUGGAAAGUAAAUUUACAUUUUACACUCCCAGCCCAGCCCCCUCGGAUGCUUGCCCAUUCAGUUAAAUAUUGAUUGUGAUUGUGUUUGUAAUCAAUCAGGCUGCUUUGCUGCACAUUCGCCGUCAUGUGUCACUUUGUCUUAAGCUCUCAUUGGUUUGUUUUGACAGUUUGUGCCACAGUCUGGUGUACGAGAGACGUUUAAAAGCUCAACCAUGGCAGAAAAUACAUCUUUUGUUAAAGGGACGGUUAUGGAUUUUUUUCUGAAGGGGGGUUCUAUGAGGCACUCAUCCAAAGUCAGUGCAUCACUUUCAGUGGAUGUAAUGCUGUGGAUGGAGUAGCAAAAAGUAUUUCAGCCACCUAAAAAAAUCAAUAUCAGUCUAAGUGUAUGCUAUAUUUAGGUUUUCACAGCUUAAUCUCCACGUGAGACAGCCCUUUACAACAGGGAAGUGAAGCUGUAUAAUCAAUGCUUUCUUCACAACCACCAGACUCCUUUAACAAAAUCAGUCAUUUUACAUGGAGUUGCUGGUUUGUCUGUGUUGUAGUGUGACUUUGGUGUUUAAAGAGUUAGUUUGGUUUGACUAAAGUCCCACAAUAACACUAACAAAAUUGGCAAGGAGACAGCAGCAGAUCAGCAACUCCUUUUUGUCAAGUUUCAAGUUUGGUGGCUUUGAAGAGAGCACAGAACGGCUUAAUUUAUCCCAGAAUAAACCUGAAAAGGGCUGUCUGAGUGCAAGGUAAAUAUAGUAUAAAUAUAGCAAGGACUUAAACUGAUAUUGCCUUCUCUUUUUUUUGGGUGGCUAAAAUAAUUUUUGCCUUGCCGACUCUCAUCUACUUUAGGAUUAUGGAUGAAUGCCUCAUGCAAUCCCAUUUCAAAAAACGCAAGCUAUCCUUUUAAUGGUGCCAUUUAGUAUGAAGUUUAUUUCUUUUUUUUUGUUAUCAAUGAUUCUUGUUUUAAAAAUAUGUAUUAUAUCAGUACUUGUCUUGUUAGCUAGUACAGAUUAUCAAGGAAGUAGCUAGUAUGAGUACCUCUAGUCUAUAUAGUUUUGUAAAUACUGAGCAGAAAAAAACUGAAGAUGGAUGUGAAGUAAAAUUGUAUCUCUUAUCCUGGCAGAUGUUUUUCUUAACUUUGUCUACGCUCAGAUAGUUGAACCAGUAUUUAUAUUAUUAAUCAGCCCUGCUGUCUGAUUUAGCUCUCCUCAACAUAAAGACGGCAGUCACGUUUGACAAAUCUCUGCUCUGCAGGACACGGGUUCACGUCAGCUGCAAGCUGGGAAAAGUUAAAUAUUCUGCUUUUAGUUUUGUGUAUUUUUAAUUAUGUGCAGAGAAGCCUUAAACACUUGAACGAGAUUUAAAGAGUUGUAGCUUCUUCGUACUCUGGCUGACAACUUGAUGAGUUUACUGGUUGUUUCCCUGUUGAAGGUAAAGAUGAGUGUCCUGGCUGAAACUUUAGCGUGUGUGCAUUUAAUUAACAAAUUCCAAGAUUACACUAAUGUGGGUUUGGACAGGUACAUGAUUUGAAACAAGUGGUGGGAACCUCUAAGGUGUAAGACACAACACUGGGGGGACUGUAGUAGUAUUUGAAUCUGCAAACUUUUUCAUGGACCAAACCUAUUUUUCUGUAUGUUCUUAUUAUGUUAUAAUAAAGGAUAUGUAAAAUGUU